GACUUGUGCCCUGCAUCCAGGCUAGGCAGACAGCUGUCAUACGCAGAGGAAAAGGGGUUUGGGUUCAAGACCAGCAGCCAGCCAGCUAUGGAUUUGCGCGCGCUGCAGCAACGUAGCGUAUGCAGCAGUUUGUGCAGCUAGCACAGCAGGUUCCUGGGAGUGCGGCAAGUUCCAAACGGGAUGGCCAAGGGCCCCAUGCGCAGCAGGGCUAAGUCCUUAGAGCUCAGGAGAACGCGCUUCACUCACAAACUAUUCGAGUACGCACUUACCACUUUGUUACUCCCUGAACUCAAACACACAGAGCACCUGCUCCUGCUGGGGGCCCCAGUAGCAACUUGUUUCGCGAGCGCAACUGCGUCGCGGAACGCUUCGUUCUUCCCGCAACCAAGCCUUUUCAUUCACCAUGGCUGCUGUUAUGCAGCCCAAGGCUGCUGGGCGUGUCGCAAGAAAGCUCGGGUUUGACGACUGCAGAGUCGGCAACGUGCUCGAGGAUGGACAUGGGAAUGCACGGCCUUUCUCCACGCCCGUAGGGGCGGUGGCGGUUCCUGUGCCGCCACUGGCACCUAAGCUGUAUCCCUUCAGCACGCAGCCACUUGGGCCGAGCAGCCCCACACGCCACAACUUCGCGCACCCUUGGCCCGAGGCCGUCACACCUCAGACCGUCGACUGCACGGCGGCUAGCGCGGCAGCUCAGUUUCCACGGAAGUACUUCUCGCGGAAGUGGAACCCGCACACCGGUGUGGUGCACCUGCACCCCCGGCAGCCCGAGCGCAGUCGCAAGCUGCAAGGCGCCUUCGACGCAGCAGCCGCCACCAACGCCGCACCGGGCCAGCACCACCGGUCGGCAGGCGUGGCCGUACGCAUGGCUUACCAGCCGUGGCGCGCCGGCUGCUGGGAUGUGCUGCAGGAGUCCUUGAGCUCGACAGCGGGCGGCAGCGGCAGCAGUAGCAGCGGCGGCGGCGGCAGCGGCGGCGGCAGCAGCUGCAGCUAUGCAGUUCGGCGGGCGCUGCGCCGGGUGUGGUGGGAGGAGGGCCCUUGCCAGUUGUUUGGGACGCUGCUGCUUCACCAGCAGCAGCCGUGGACUCAGGAGGGGCACCAGCUGCAGCUGCUGGUGCAGCAAUGCGCAUGGGAGCAGUCGAUCGAAGCGCUAGCCGAGCGAGCGGCGGCAGCGGCGCAGGACAAGGGGAUGUGGCAGCGGCGGCGGCAGCCCGUGCCCCAGCAGGCGCCGCAGCUGAGGCCGCUUUCCACGGUAUGGGAAGUGGAGGCGGAGGAGGAGGAGGAGGCGGAGGAGGUGGAGGAGGUGGAGGAGGAGGAGGAGGAGGAGGAGGUGGAGGAGGAGGAGGAGGAGGAGGAAGAGGAGGAGGUGGCGAUGGAGAAGGAGGCGCAUAAGCGGGCGGCGGAGGAGGCAAAGAAGCGGGCGGCGGAGGAGAAGCUGGCACGCAAAACGGCGUGGUGGCAGAAGCACGGGUGGCAGCUGCAGCAUGAGUUGAUAAAGCAGCAGCAGCAACAGCAGCAGCAGGGGGAGGAGGUGGAGGCAAAGGAGGUGGCGAUGGAGGAGGCGGAGGAGCAGCAGCAGGCAAGGCAUCAGGAGGAGGCGCAGAAGCGGGCGGAGGCGGAGGCGAAGCUGGCUCGCAAGGAGGCGGUGUGGCGUCAGCGCUUGUCGCAGCUGCAGGAGUUGCCUGCUGCCGCCUGCUCCUCCGCUGGCCGCACGGCCGGUCCAGUAGCAGCGAGCGCCCGCGGGGAUUGUGUGUUGAGCGUCCGUCCAGUUCAGCCCGCUCGGCUGCCCAGGACGCCGCCACACCCCACCUCCCUGAUUGCACUGGUGCUCGCUCGGCGGCAAGCGUGUGCGCGGCAGUAGCAUACAGGCUGCUGGUGGCUGCUUGCUUGUAGUGGCAUGUGAGCCUUUGUGAGUCAGCACGUGAUCGAUGGUACUGCUGCCCGUAUUUGCAUAGAAUGUCUGACACACGGAUGCAUUGCCAAUUUGA